CCAUAAAAUUAGGGUUCAUCUUCCCCCUUUCCAUCGUCGUUCAUAACUUCCCCCUUUCCUGCUCUUGCUUCGCGUCCAUCAUCGCUACCCUCUCCCUCAUCGCGCCUUCUCCAUCUUCAUUAAUCCCAUAUUCGUUUUCUUCACUCACCCAUGGCGCAAGGCAACUCGUGUAGCAGUGUUAAUUCGUUUCAAAAUCCAGAUUUACCCAGAUGUGGCUGUGACAGACCAAUGAAGUUAUGGGUGGCCAACACGGUUCAAAAUCGCAAUCGCAAGUUCUGGAAAUGCCGCAAUGCUGGGACUGUAAAUAGCUGUGAAUUGUUCUUGUGGGAUGAUGAAAUCAGAGACCAUAUCAAUGUGCAUAGGAUGAAACUACCAGAUUGUAAAAGCUGUGAUAUACUAGCAUUGAAGUUAGAGACCGCAGCCAACAAAAUUGAGAAGUUGAAGAAGAAGAAUGCAAUUCAGACAAGUGUUAAUAUGAGGCUGAAGAAGACUAUAUUGAUUCUCUGUUUUGUGCUUAUUGGCAUUGUGUAUUUUGGUGGCAAUUUGAUGUAA